ACUAGGAGAGGUACAGGAAGCCAUACUAAUACUGCUAGGAACAAGUUCAGGGCAUUUGUUAUGUUCUGCUACUAAGAAAAAGGAAACAUGGGGAGUCUGUAUCUUUAUUGUAGCCGUUGAUCUGGAUGAAAUAACAUUCACUUUCACAGAGCUUCUGAAAAGUAUAGGCAUGAAUGUAUGCUUGUUUUUCCAGUUUCUGAAAGAGGUGGAUGUUAACAUGGAUACUGUAAGCACUAAAGUUGAUAGCACUGUAUCAAGGCUGAAAAAGAAGUAUGAUGUAUUACUUGCACUAUACCACAAGUUUGAAAGGACUUGUGGCCUUAUUUAUCUGGAACAACCUAGUAGUGAGAUUUCUGCUGAACUCAAUUCUGUAUUAGUCCUUAAAAAUUACUGGAUUACUUUUUUGCUGGCAAAAGGUAAAGUGUUACAAGUGGAAGAUGACCUGGUGAUUUCUUUCCAGUUGUUGCUGUGUGUCUUAGAUUAUUUUAUCAAACUGUCACCUCCUGCUAUGCUCAAGGAACCAUACAAGUCUGCUGUGACUGCAGUGGCUGUUAAUGGUUCAGCUCGAACUCCAAGAAGAGGUCAGAACAGGAGUACACGUACUUCAAAGCAAAUUGAUACCGAUACAAAAGUUAUUGAAAUCCUUUGUAAAGAGCAUGAUUGUAAUUUAGAUGAGGUCAAAAAUGUGUAUUCCACAAGCUUUAUUCCCUUCUUGAAUUCUGUUGGUAUUCUAGCUUCAAGUGGGCUACCAGAGGUUGAAGUUAUCUCGAAACAAUAUGAGGAGCUCUAUCUCAAAAACAAAGAUAUAGAUGCAAGAUUAUUUCUGGAUCAUGAUGAAACUCUACAGCCAGAUGUCAUGGCACGCUCACAGGUGGACAGGAUGCCACUAAAACCCAAUUCAGAUGAGGAACAUCCUCUCAUACUUCCACAGACUCCUGUUCGAGCUGCAAUGAACAACAUUCAGCAACUUACUAUGAUUUUAAACUCAGCAGCUGAUAAACCAUCAGAUAUUCUCAUCAAGUAUUUCAAUAAUUGCACAGUGAACCCUAAGGACAGUAUCUUGAAACGAGUGGAAAAUCUUGACCGCAUCUUCAAACAGAAAUUUGCUGAAGCAGUUGGACCCGGAUGUGCUGAAAUUGGCUCGCAGAGAUACAAGCUUGGAGUGCGCCUGUAUUACAGAGUAAUGGAGUCAAUGCUAAAGUCGGAGGAAGAGCGCCUGUCAGUGCAGAAUUUCAGCAAACUUCUGAAUGAUAACAUCUUCCACACAUCUCUUCUGGCAUGUGCUGUUGAGGUUGUCAUGGCUACAUAUGGCACAAAUGCUUCAGAAAGUGGUGGUACCAGUGCUGAAACAGACUUGUCUUUCCCAUGGAUUCUGAAUGUAUUUGAUCUAAAAGCUUUUGACUUCUACAAGGUGAUUGAAAGCUUUAUUAAAGCGGAGCCAAGCCUAACAAGGGAAAUGAUAAAGCAUCUAGAACGUUGUGAACAUCGAAUUAUGGAGUCUCUUGCUUGGCAGUCUGGGUCACCUCUGUUUGAUCUUAUCAAGCAGUCAAAAGAACGAGAAGGCCAAACUGAACAGCCUGAGCCCACUUCCACUCUCAAUCUGCCUCUCCAGCAUAAUCACACUGCAGCAGACCUCUAUCUUUCUCCUGUGAGAUCUCCUAAGAAGAAAGGACCUCCUCUAAGUGGUACUUCCACUUCAGAUGGUCAGCCAGGUGUUACCCCUCAACCACAGAAGCCACAGAAAUCUACCUCCCUCUCUCUGUUCUACAAAAAAGUGUAUCUGCUGGCCUAUCUCCGACUGCGUACCCUGUUCUUUCGGCUCCUCUCUGACCAUCCUGAUCUGGAACCCUUGAUCUGGACCCUGUUCCAGCACACACUGCAAAAUGAGUAUGAGCUUAUGAGAGACAGGCACUUGGACCAGAUCAUGAUGUGUUGCAUGUAUGGCAUAUGCAAAGUAAAGAAUGUUGAUCUUAGAUUUAAAAUAAUUGUUUCAGCGUACAAGGAGCUUCCCAACACAAAUCAAGAGACUUUCAAACGUGUUCUCAUCAGGGAAGAACAGUAUGACUCCAUUAUAGUUUUCUACAACUUAGUGUUUAUGCAGAAGCUGAAAACAAACAUUUUGCAGUAUGCCUCCAACAGGCCUCCCACUCUGUCACCUAUCCCGCACAUUCCUCGCAGCCCUUACCAGUUUUCCAACUCUCCUCGGCGUGUCCCUGCUGGCAAUAACAUCUACAUCUCGCCCUUGAAGAGCCCAUACAAAUUCUCUGAUGGGUUUCAGUCACCCACAAAGAUGACUCCAAGGUCUAGAAUUUUGGUGUCAAUUGGUGAAUCAUUUGGGACUUCUGAAAAGUUUCAAAAAAUAAACCAGAUGGUGUGCAACAGUGACUACCAGCUGAAGCGCAGCGCUGAAGUAAGCGCUGCUCCUAAGCCACUGAAGAGGCUGCGCUUUGAUAUAGAAGGGCAAGAUGAAGCAGAUGGAAGCAAACACCUACCCCAGGAGUCCAAGUUCCAACAAAAGCUUGCAGAAAUGACAUCUACUCGAACAAGAAUGCAAAAGCAGAAACUGAAUGAUGGAAAUGAUACCUCAGCGAGUGAAGAAAAGUGAGAUUCUUCUCAGGACCAGGGGCUGCACUGCAGGCCCUCUUAGAUUGUUUCUGUUUUACAGCCUUCAUUAAUUGAGUUGCUUUUUUAGUUGCUUUUUAUUCUGAAGUGCUAGUUGAAAGCAUUUGGACUUUUUAAAUUUUUAUAUGUUUUUCAUGAUACUUUUUGCCUUAUGAUGUAGCAUAUAUACAAUGUAAGCCACUGAAUUUAAUUUAUAUAUUUUUGUGAGGAUUUUAAAAACAAACUUGGAAGGUGUCUUAGUUUUCCUAUUGCAACAUUACUGAUUUAAGCCAAUUCAGUCACUUGGACUGAAUUUCUGUCU